AUGGGAGCGGAACUCUCACCGAAGGCCACCGUCCAGCAACUCUUAGAUGCCAUGAAGCAACUGCAGAGGGAUUCUGUUAGCGCUUUCAACAAGGAAAUUAGGGAAAUUGACUCUCAUGUCAGCAGGCUUCAACGUGAGAUGAGAGAGAUGGCCAAGCUGAAUUACGACUGUUCCGAAGGCAUGAGAGCUCUUGCGAAGUCCUGUCUUGACGCCAAGAAGGUGAAGGAUCAGAUAAAUCUCUUCAUCGUCCAGGUCACAAGUCUUGAGAGAGAAGUGAGGCUUCAGGCGACUCAGCAGCAGAUUCACGCCCUUAUCAAAGACUCGGGCGCUGUCGUCGGGAGGAUCAACGAACUAUUCAGCACUAAUGGGUUUAGAGAGGGUAUAGUGAACAUGUCCAGAGAGCUGGAGCGAAUGGGCAUAGUCAACUCCAUCUUCAACUCUCAGUUUGAAAACGCCCUUCAGAGCAAUGACAUGGAUGCGCGCGUCGAGGCCGAAAUCAAUGAUGUGAUUAACAAAGUUCUUGAGUCUGACCAGGCCAGCGGGGCUCUUCCUGCCAUUCCACAGGGCAGUGUCAGUGCCAACGUGGAGGCAGCUAGCAUGAACGAAUAUGAGGCACAGUAG